AAGGCAUGCGCCACCAUGCUCGGCGAUUAAGAUAUAUUGUAUAAAAUGCACAAAAAUUCAAUAAAAUAUAUAUUGAAAAAAAAAACAGGUGAGCAAUCCAAGGUUCAGAGAAGUUACACAGCUAAUAGCCAGCAGCAGGCACAGAACUGGAAGCACUGGUCUUCCCGCUCCUCAGUUCCAGACGCGUCUCACCCUGCAGUUCAGCGCCCAUCCUUCCCUCUUCUAUUUGAAAGAGUCCACCUAGCAGUCUCUGCUUUUCCCUUUUCGCACCCAUCACCAGCCCCCUCCCAAACCUGUAGCCUCGGUGUAAGAAAACGCUGAGCCCGGAAGACAGUUCCACUCUGGGAAGUUUUAACUUUCCUGUGCAAGAAAAUGAAAGGUUAUUCUUUCUCCCUGCCUUAACCCUUCUGGUGCCGGAGCGUCAGAAGAGUUAAGAGAAAAAAAAGGAUGGUGACUUUGAGACGGCAAGGGUGCAGACCCCGCCCCCUGGUGCAGCCGCAGAGAUAGAUCCCAGUCCACCUGUCAGAGCUGAGGGCGGGGGCAGGUCCGCGGCCCCGCAGACCCGAAGGGUGAGCGCGGUGGAGCGCAGGCUCAGAGCAGGCGAGAUGCGAUAGUUUAAUGCACUGCGCGCUGACCGCCAGAGGGAGGGAAGGGUGAACGAGGACGCACGAGGCGGAGGACGCGGGGUGGGGGACCCGGAGGGGGCCGCAGCAGAGUCCAGGCGGGGGGUCCACUGCGUCGUCACUGCGCGCCGCGGCCGGGAGAGGAGACGCGGCGCUGCGGACCGGCCCGCAGGGUGUCAUGUCCCGCGAGCGGCCUCCCCGCACCGACAUCCCCCGCAACCUGAGCUUUAUAGCGGCCCUAACGGAGCGCACCUACUACCGCAGCCAGCGGCCCAGCCUCGAGGAAGAGUCGGAGGAGGAGCCAGCAGAGGGCCGCAAGCGGCUCCGGGCCCGAUCCCGCGCCCACGAUCCAAGUCGGGGUCGCAGGGCCCGCUCGGCACCCGCGGGGGGCGGUGAGGUCCCCGCACCCCGCAGCCGCAGCCCUGACACCCGCAAGAGAGUGCGUUUCGCCGACGCGCUGGGGCUGGAGCUGGCCGUCGUGCGCCGCUUCCGCCCAGGAGAGCUGCCCCGGGUGCCCCGCCACGUGCAGGUGCAGCUGCAGAGGGACGCCCUCCGCCACUUCGCGCCGUGCCAGCCGCGCGCCCGCAACCUCCAGGAGGCGCGCGCCGCCCUGGAGCCCGCGCGGGAGCCAGGGUUCGCCGCUCGCCUGCAGGCGCAACGCAUUUGCCUGGAGCGCGCCGAGGCGGGCCCGCUGGGCGUGGCCGGGAGCGCGCGCGUGCUGGACCUGGCCUACGAGAAGCACGUGAGCGUGCGCUGGAGCGCAGACGGCUGGCGGAGCCAGCGGGAGUCGUCGGCCGCCUACACCGGCCCGGCCCCGCCCCCGCCGCACGCCGACCGCUUCGCCUUCCGUCUGCCGGCGCCUCCAGUCGGCGGCGCUCUGCUCUUCGUCUUGCGCUACCGGGUAACGGGUCUCGAGUUCUGGGACAACAACGGCGGCCGCGACUAUGCUCUGCGUGGUCCCGAGCACCCCGGCAGUGGCGGAUCUCCGGAGCCCCAGGGCUGGAUCCAUUUUAUUUGAGACGAGGCGCCUACCGGCACAGCAGAAAAGAAACAAGGGCACCCAGGCUUGGAGGGGAAGCCUGCGUGACGCGGGGAACAGGAGAAACAAGAUGGGCGUAUGGGUGGGGAGCAGCCCCGGUGGAGGAGGGCGGACAGAUCCCCGAGGCUCCGAGACACUGGGGUGGGAAACCAGCUGGGUGUAUAUGGAGGGAAGCCAAGAAAUGGGGGCUGCAGAGAAGGACGCUUGGAGGGAGCAGAAGAAAAACGAAGAUGGCGGCGACCUUGCAGUGAGCAGGCUUUGGAAGAAAGUAGGCUCCGCAGGCCUAGGCAGCGGAAGGUUAGAAACCUUGGCUGGGGAGCCUACGGAUUAAGGAGCCUUUAUGUGUGACGUAGGCCAGCCCAGUUACGUCAUUUGGAUUGUUUCCCACGUAUCUGCCUUUACCACCUCAGGUUCCCCAGCCCUCCUGCUUUAUCUGAGCCGUAAUUGCCUUGCUUGACCCCAGGAAACUGGCCGUUGCUCCCUGGCUGUUGUCCCUAGCGUUGGGACAGGAUUCCCUUAUCACCCAACAUUUCCUGGCUCCAGUCUUGGAAAACUAGCUGGGGAGUCAGAAGAGGUUGGACUCAGAGCACCUGCAGCCUCCUGGCAGGCACUGUUAGGAAUUAAAGGUCGUAGCAAACGUAGCUCCAGGCGUGCCCUUACAGCCACGUAGUGGGGCGCCUAAGAGUUUGUAUUCUCAGGCUUCCAGAGAAAUGCCAGCUUUACCUUUCUGGGUGCCUUCUUAUAACCUCUAAGCACUUUAGGGACAGGGAAACAUGGAAAUCACUCUUUGGAUUUAUUCUUUGUGCCUCAAAAGAAGAGGAAACCACUGAGUGACUCUAAUGGAGCAAGUUAUUUUAUCUCUUUGUACACCUUGGGAAAUUGGAUUUGAGUUAGGUGAUCCCUUAAUAGAGACUGGAUCUAUAGCUCAGGCUGGCCUCUAGCAUGCAAUCCUGCCCUCAGUCUCUGCAGUGCUGGGAUUAUAGGUAAGAGCCCCUAUGCUCUUAGGGCUACAUCUUUGAUAUUUUAUGAUCCAUUCAUGGCACAGGGUGGAUUAGAAAUCACAUCCUCCAACCUAGUGCUACAAUUAAGACCACAUAGCAAGCUAGCUCUGGUGGCACACACCUAUCAGGACCUGGGAGGCCCAGGCUGGAGGACUGUUGAGAGUUUGAGGCCAGCGUAGGGCUACGUGAGAGACUAUGUCUCAAAAAAAAACAAACAGAAAAGGCUGAAGGAAAACAAGGCUCAGCACCCAGAGCCUGUGAUUGGCAAUGAGGAUGGGUCCUCCAAUUUGAGGCACAAAUGAUCCUAGGAAACAUAACCAGCCUGUUGCCUCAGUGUAUUCUAGAGCCUUUUUCAGACCAUACAUAGCUCACCCUCUGCCCCUCAGUUUUGCUCAUCUCCACAGACUUACAGCCUGGGUACAGUGAAAACACACUGGAGUAUCUCUGUUAGGAAAAGUGAUGCUUGGGAACCCCAAGGUGAAACAACUUGCAAGCCCUUCAGAAGGAUGAAAGAUUAGGUGUACAGGGGCUGGAGAGAUGGCUCAGUGGCUAAGAGCCCUGGCUGCUUUUGUAGAGGACCUGGGUUUGAUUCCCAGCACCCACAUGGCAGCCAACAACGAUCUGU